AGAUAUUUUUGGAGCAUCUUAUAUCCUGGCUCAACGUAGCCUCCUUAUUUAUCCUACUUGUGCCAUGCAUGUUUAGCUAAACAGAGCAUAGAACUUAUAUUGCUUGGUGCAACAAACGUCCAUAAUCCGGUCUAGAUAAUUUGGUAGUCAUCCAUCAUGCCUGACAAAGGCGGCGCACAAGUCGCUGAAAACGGAGAGGUUGAGACUACGGAUCCAAAAGCACCCUUAGCUGAUGAAGAGGAGGAGGAGGAGAUAGGCGACCCCGUUCCAGCAAAUGUCCAAGCUGUUCUGUCAUUAUGCGGAAUUGUGGCAGCUAUCAUGGUGGCGAUGGGACUUGCCUCCUCAGAAUGGGUGAUUGCAGUUGACGGGUAUUACUGGCAAGGUCUCUUUGUCUACUGUGCCGGAUCUGGGUACAGUGGGAGUGGAAGUGGGGAAGAUAGUUCGGAAUCAUCGUCGUCAUCAUCAAGUUCGAGUGCAUCGGCCGCCGGGUCAGGUUCAGGUUCUGGUUCUGGCUCAGGUUCGGGAUCCGGUUCUGGAUGCGAAAGCUCAGAAGAAGAAGAUGGAAAUGGAUGUUAUAGAAUUGAUCUUGGAAUUCAAGGCUACACUAUGAUGGCGGCUCUAUUCAUUUCCGUCAGCUUGGCCAGCAACAUUUUUGGUUUCAUCUUGGCAAUGCUGGGUUCAUGGGUGAAAGAUAUUGAUAGCAAGAGGAAAUCAUACAAGUUGUCCCUGUAUUUAUGGAUUGUAUGCAUUAUUUCCUGUGGCUUAUCUCUGUUCAUUUAUUCUGCAUGUUUUGGUGAAUUGAUGGAGGAUGUGGAGGAAUUGGGACCAUUUAAAAAGCCCAAGGAUGAAUGGGAGAUAGGAUGGUCAUUUGAAGUGAUCGUGGCAGGGUUGGUGUUCCAAAUAAUUACGACGUUAUGCGUCGGAUACAGCCUGCUUAUGCUCCCCAUCAUCGAGGAAGUUGAGGAGGAGGAGGAAGAGGAGAAAAAGUAGCCGAGUUGUCGAACCACGACUCGUGCAACACCCAUGCUAAUUAAAUAGAAACCUUAAUUAAGAACACGUGUUCAAGAGUUGGCACUUGAUAUGUCAGACCUUUUUCAUUAAAUUGUCAACGCCAGUAAUAUUUGUACCCUAUGAGUGACACACGUUCAGACAAUUAUUAUUAUGCCCCUGAAUCGAACAUCUACAUACGUAUGUACAUACAAUAUCGUGGGUAGAAGGUGAAUAAUUUCAAUGUCUAUACAAUUUUUAUUGUGUGCUUGUCUUUUUGUGUAAUUCUCAUAUGUGUUAUGAUAUGUUGACAUAAAAUUCUUAUCCUGAUAUGGUUUA